AGUCUGUUUAGCCCCUGUAGCUGAUCUAGACCGUAUCCUCUUGCUCCUUGAUCUGCAAUCAUACAUCAUCACUUUUGUCCUCAGCUCCCACUCAACAUAUAUCCUAGUUAUAAUCCUAAUCUCCAUUCUCACCCAACCAACGGUUACAAACGCGACUGAAAUACUUGAGACGCAAACACCACGCUGAUUCAAACACGAUGGUCCCGAUCCCGUCUGCGGAACUGCGCACCUCGUAUUCCCUCUACUCCCUCGACUUCGACCCCGAAGAUGCGAACCGACUUAUCGUAGCCGGUGGCGGCGGGCCCGGCAACCAUGGUGUAGGAAACAAGAUCACUGCCAUUGACGCAUCACGUCCCGACACCCUCGACAUCGUAUCCGAGAUCGAACUCAGUCGCGACGAGGACAGUGUCGCGACUCUCGCCGUCGGGCCCCGAAAUACGGACUCGAUCCUGCUGUACGCUGGUAUCAACUCGAGCGCCGAUGACAUGGCGAAGGGCAACAACGAACACUUCCGCGUUUUUAGCUUGGACCAGCCAUCCAAAGCCAAGGCUUCGUCUGAACAGCCCAAGAUCACGGAGCUCUCGCGCUCUUCCCUGUUCGCAACAACCGAGAAGGAUACAUAUCAGAGAGUUCUGCGGCUGUCCGCGCCAUUCCCCGGGUCAGCCCAGAUUGGCGCUGUCGCAACGGGUUUCUCGAAGGAGCCGGAGAUUGCCCUCUUUGAUGUCCCUAACACUGGCGCUGCCACUCCCAAGCUUAGGGGUAACCUUGAGCUGGUGAAGGAGGCUGUGGACAUUGAUAUCAUUCAGACUGGUGACGAUAGCUACCAGCUCGCUUACUGCGACGAGUACGAAAUGCGCACCAUGAACAUUGGAAAGGGCAUUUCGGAAGGUCCCAAGCUGGUCUUCACCAUGCCAGACGAGGCGGCCAUCACCGGAGCCGCUAGGCCCUCGUUCCGAUCGGUGCGCUAUCUGACUCCGGACUUUCUCCUCGCCGUUGCCAACCUUCCCAAGGGUGGUGGCGUGGUUCUACACGGAUUCCGCAUGCCCAAGAACGACAAGAUUCACAGCAAGCUCAAAGAGAAGGAGGAGGAAGAGGCCAAGAAGGGCAAUGGGGACGCCAACGGAACCGCGGAUAAGACAGCCGUAGCCACAAAGGUUGAGGAGCCCAAAGCGAGACUGUGCAUUUCCGCGAAACUGCCCAGCGCUGUUACGCGCGCUACCGGUCUGGCCGUCCGCAAUCUCUCUCCUCCUGCCUCGCCAACUGCCAAGCAGGACGACGCGCAGUUUGUCAUCGCCGUUACUGGCCAGGACAGCUCGAUUACUAUCUACACGCUAGACCAUCAGUCGGUUGCCGACAUCAACCUCAUCGUCAACCUCUUCAAGGUCACCACCUUCAAGAACGUUCACAACGGUCCCAUUUCUGGCGUGGCCUUUUCCUACGUCAUCCCGCCCGCCGACUCCAAGUCGGACGAAAAAGCCGUUGCAAAGAAGGGAUCCGUCCGUCCCGAGUACGUCAAGCUAGCCUCGAUCGGCUCCGUCGGCAACUCCUGCAUCGUGCACUCCCUCCCGCUCAAGAAGUUCGUCGACAAGACCGCCCAAACCCGCCGCGGCGGCCCUCCCCGUGCCGCCCGCUACGUCCUGGCUCUGAAGAGCCAAGCCCCCUCACCCAAGGGUCUCCUCUUCUUCACGGCCCUGAUUACCCUCUUCAUCGGUCUCUUCGUCCAGAGCUUCCUCGAGAUCAAGGGCUACUCCAGCCCCAUGAUCGGGGCUAGGAGGUUCGCUCCCGUCAGCUGGCAGCAGAAUCCCCGUUACCGUGCUGGCCAGGGUGUGGUUGGUAAUGCCAACUAUGCGAACUCAGAGUCGCUCACUCCCGACGGCGUGCAUGGCUUCCUGGCCUCGCUGCUGGCGGACAAGGAUCUGAAGGUGCAGGAUGGACAGGCCAAGAAGGUGGUGUUGAACGUCGGAGCGAAGGACGGGAUCGUCCAGGUUAGUGGACACGACGCUGAGGUAGACAGCACCGCGCCGACACCGAAGGAGUGGGAUGAGUUGCAUGAGACGCAGAAGAAGGCUUGGAAGGAGAAGCUGAAGGCGGCGGGCCACUGGGGCGAGGGGAUGGGGGAGACGAUCUUCAAGAAUAUCCUGUUUGGAGAGUUGGGAGCUGUUGUUGGUGGGCUGGUUCGUUAGGAAUAAUGGGUUAAUGAUGGCGAGAAGGGGUAAAAGGUGAGAUGGUUUACUGUCCAGUAAAAAGGCCUGGCAAGUUGGUAUAGUGUUUUCUUACACAAAUUUUGUUUCGGUGGUAUAUUGACAUGGACGCAGGACUAGUAAUGAAUAAGAUGGAUGCGAAAAGGGAAAUAAUAUUUUACCUGCCUUGCCACAAUUAAAACCUGUCCGGUUAUCGCCCCCAGCACACGAACAUUUCGCAAUAUCCCAACCCUCCUUACCCGUCCGUCGUGGGAGUUCCCACAACUUUGCCUUAUCCUUAUAUGCUUCUCGAUAUUGACCGUUCCAUUCCCACUACCCGGGUGGCAUAUACCCCCAUAUAUUUCUUAUAAGCCGACUCAGUCAGGCAAGGACAAAAGCUUCGUAAGAUUCAAUCUAUUUGCG